AUGUUAAAUAAAAAAAAAAUAAUUAUAAUUGUUUCAAUUAUAAUCGUUAUAAUAUAUAUUUUAACUACUUUUGAAAUGAUUGAAAGGGAUAAUUUUAAAUAUAGAAAAUAUGGAAUUAAUUUUACAAAUAGUCCAUUCCAUAAUAAAAAUGAUAACUAUGACCAAACAUUGGUGAAAUUGGAAAAAUUAAGAUUUUUACAAAAAGAAGGAUAUAUUAACGAAGAGGAAUUCGUUGCAAGAAAAACUCAAAUUUUAGAUCAAUUUACUCAAACUACUUUGCCACCAGUUAAAUCUUAUGCCCAUAUAGUUGGAAACAGUGACCAACCAGCCAAAAAUAACAGAACCGGUUUUAUAUAUCCAAAAGUGAUAGAGUAUUAUGAAGAGUUUUAUAAUCAAUAUGGUCAUAUAGAAAAUAAAACUCAUUAUAUAUUACAAAAACCAUCGAAUAUUACAAUUGAUAUCAUGAUUCCAUUCCCAUCUUUUCGUGUUAAUAGAACUUUACAAGGUAUAGAAAGAUGGAGCCUCCCAAAUAAAAUUCCAUGUGAUAGUUUUACAGUUUCAGAUUUAUUUCCUGGUGCUAAAUCAAAUUUGGUAUUUUAUCAAAAUCGUGAUCAAAAUUUUUUAACUGAACAAAGGUUUCUUAAUGCUGUUAAUUCCGCUCCAUGGAGAAAAUGCUUUAAUGAUGUAAAAUUUGCUUAUGCUAAUAUUCCUCAACAUGAAGAUAGCUACCCAUCCGGUGUAUCAAAAAUGUUUUAUAAAUAUUUUGACUAUAAUAUUGGGCCACCAAGUGAUUUUUUCUUUUGGCUCGAAAGUGAUGUUAAUCCUUUAAAAAAAGAUUGGCUAAUUGAAUUAUUUCGUGUGACAAUUACAAUGUUAGAAGCCCGUCAAAAUAAACCAUUUUAUUCACUGGGAAGCAAUGCACGUCAUUAUAUCAAUAAACCAGGUGAAACUAGAGCAUCACAAGUAUAUCAUAUUAAUGGAAAUGCUUUGUAUUGGAGAGAUAAAUCAUGGUAUGAUAGUUUUUUGGUUAAAGUUGAAAAUUGGUCUAGAAAAACUAAUUUUUUUGAUUGUGAUAUUACUUAUUAUAUGGAAGUUAAUGAAAAUUGGAAUAGUGUUAAGGAAAUAGCACAAGAAUUUAUUUUUUACGAAUUUAUUCAAAAUCUAGGCCAUGAUUCUUACAAUGAAAUAGAGUUCUCAAUUAAAAAUCCAAGAACCUAUUUGGUGCACUCUUAA